AACAUGGCGGCCUCCAUGCUGGGCUCUCUGCUGCGGACCGUCCGGCAGAUGGUUCCUUCAUCAGCUUCAGGCCAAGUUCGAGGUUAUUACGUGGACUGGAAAAUGUUGCGUGAUGUGAAGAGACGAAAAAUGGCCUAUGAAUAUGCAGAUGAGAGGCUAUGGAUCAAUUCACUCAGAAAGAAUACCAUCUUGCCAAAAGAUCUUCAGGAAGUGGCUGAUGGAGAAAUUGCCGCCCUUCCCCGGGAUAGCUGUCCUGUCAGAAUCCGAAAUCGGUGUGUUAUGACAUCCCGUCCACGUGGUGUAAAGCGACGCUGGAGGCUUAGUCGUAUUGUCUUCCGUCACUUAGCAGACCACGGGCAGCUGUCCGGGGUCCAGCGAGCAGUAUGGUAACCGGCUUCUGAACCUUCUGAGCAGGGAAACCAGUUCUGGCAAGAAGAGACCUCUCUGCUCGGGGAAAACCUAGUUUCACAGGGGUGCAGCAUGGGAGUCUGCUCUGCCUGAUGCUGCCUACGGUUAAAGUACUUUUUAACUUCAAAUGAAGAAAUUUGGAUGUUUCAUUCUGUCUGUGAAUUCCAGCUAUCUGGGAAUUAUCUUUUCUCUUGGACUUAAAAAUGAAACACACUGUUUCCAUGCAUGGUACAAGGAGUAGAGUAAUAAAAAAAUAUUCUGUGAA